GACGCGGCGGCGGCGGCAGCGCGGGCCAUGGAGCAGUGACGGUUAGAGCCGUUGGGAGCCGCCUCCCCUCCCCCGCGCGCCGGGCUCGUGUCUUGACUGUAUCUUUGGAAAUAAAAAGCAUCAAGAUACAGACAAAAAAAUGACGGAGUUUUGGCUGAUUUCUGCUCCUGGGGAAAAGACCUGUCAACAGACAUGGGAGAAACUACAUGCAGCAACAACAAAACAUAACAAUCUUUCUACGAAUUCCAAGUUCAAUAUUCCAGACUUAAAGGUUGGCACACUGGAUGUUUUAGUUGGUCUUUCAGAUGAGCUGGCUAAACUGGAUUCGUUUGUGGAAGGCGUUGUCAAGAAGGUGGCCCAGUAUAUGGGUGAUGUUCUAGAAGACAGUAAAGACAAAGUUCAGGAAAAUCUCUUGGCUAAUGGAGUUGACUUGGUCACCUAUGUAACAAGAUUCCAGUGGGAUAUGGCCAAAUAUCCAAUCAAACAAUCUUUGAAGAAUAUUUCAGAAAUUAUUGCGAAGGGAGUAAACCAGAUUGAUAACGACCUGAAAGCCAGAGCCUCCGCUUACAACAACCUCAAAGGCAACCUCCAGAAUCUGGAAAGAAAGAAUGCAGGAAGCUUGCUAACCAGAAGUCUUGCUGAUAUUGUGAAGAAAGAGGACUUUGUACUUGAUUCCGAAUAUUUGGUCACGUUAUUAGUGGUUGUACCAAAGUUAAAUUAUAAUGACUGGGUUAAGCAGUAUGAAACACUAGCAGAGAUGGUYGUACCACGUUCCAGCAAUGUUCUCUUUGAGGAUCAAGACAGUUACCUUUGUAAYGUCACCUUGUUCAGGAAGGCAGUGGAUGACUUCAAGCAUAAAGCCAGAGAAUAUAAAUUUAUGGUCCGUGACUUCCAGUAUAAUGAAGAAGAGAUGAAAGCUGAUAAAGAAGAAAUGAACAGACUGUCGACUGACAAGAAGAAACAAUUUGGGCCUCUGGUUCGGUGGCUGAAAGUUAAUUUCAGUGAAGCUUUCAUUGCAUGGAUUCAUGUAAAAGCAUUACGAGUUUUUGUUGAAUCUGUUCUAAGGUAUGGUUUGCCAGUUAACUUUCAGGCAAUGCUCCUUCAGCCUAAUAAGAAAACAAUGAAGAAACUGAGGGAGGUUUUGUAUGACUUAUACAAGCACCUUGACAGCAGUGCAGCAGCUAUCAUUGAUGCAACUAUGGAUAUUCCAGGCUUAAACCUCAGUCAACAGGAAUACUACCCAUAUGUGUACUACAAGAUUGAUUGCAAUUUGCUGGAAUUCAAGUAAAAAUUCCCCUAACGUGACAAUCCUCUCAGUGUUGAUGUAAACAAACAGAAGUGAGGUUGAAGUACAGUAAAACUUUUAACACUCUACUAAUCCUAUGCUUGCUGCUUCUGUUAGGUGAAUUUUGCCCACUGUGGUCCAUCUCUAGACAUUUUCUUUUUAAGGAAAGUGUAGGUAAUCUGCUUUUAACCAAUUAUGUCUGUAAAUGUAUAUUGAGAGAAUUGAAGUAUUUAUAAACAGAGUCAUUUAUUUAAGGAAAAAGUCAUUCCUCUUUCAUAUGGUGAAGUGUGUUAAUUCCAUUUACCAUUGUUUAUAUAAAAAAUUGUUUACAAAAGAAUAGUGUAAAUGUUCAUGGCCAUUUUGUUCAUUUGAUUUAGUGGAUACAAUUGUGUUAACAUUGUUGAACUGUGAUGUAAAGUAUGUAAAAUGGUAUGAAAUUGUGUUUUCUGAAUGUUUUAAAAUUACGAUCAAAGCACUAUAAUCACAGGAAAAAUAAAAAUACCUGUGCAAAUGUGUCACCAUUUAUUGUGUGAUAUUUAGCUGUGGCUGCACUGUCUAAACCUGAUCAGCUGCUGAACUAUUGAAACCUUGUGCUGUAUCCUGCAUAUGAUGGCACAGAAGUGCACUAGAGUUCAACGCUUACUUGUAAGGUAUUCACAGAACUGGGCAGAAAAUACUCAAGUAUGUGUCAUUGCCUCUCACACCAAUGAACCUGAAUGUGUAUGUUGUGUUUAUCUCCUUCCUGACUCUUCAGAAGUUCGAUAAAUAAUUAUUGGGAAGAGGAAUAGUCUUGACAAACUAGUCCUAUUGGGGAUUUUUUUGAUGUUCUUUGUAGCUCUUGCUCUACAGUGUUGACACCUGGGAGCAAUUCAUGUCUCUGAGCAGUCUAGUGCUAGAGGCCUCCCCUGUUUUGUGCAGCGUCCUUUCUGCGGUGCAGAGCUAGUGAGAGGUUGGUUUGAAAGACUGAAACUUUGCCUAAAUUAAUAUUAAAAAUACUGUAGCUAUUUUUUUAAAGUUAGUUCUUAAUUAGGCCCGUAGUAUAGAAACUUAACAACAUUCUUUAAAAGUAUUUUUGAGUAAUGAUGAGCAUUUCUACAGUUAUCUUGGAUAGGGAGAGUUGAACUUUGGCACGUUCCAUCUUUGAAUCAGAAAGGGCCCUUUCUGAGCACAGAAGUUGUAGCUAGUGCUUGGUGGCUGGAGUUGAGAAAUGGAAUUCUGACGUCUCAGAGAAAAAACAAUGCAAUGCAAAACAGUAGGCCCUGAAAAGCCCUUAAACCAGAACUUGUCUCUCCUCC